GUCUACGUGAUGACGUAGUAUUGUAGACACAGCUAUGAUGGCAGCCGUGGGCUGACAUCGAUACAUUACUGAAUAUAAACUAUUUAAAAGUUAACGAUAAAACCCCGACACUCCAACCUGUAGCACAUAAGCGGUUUUCAGAGAGUACGCACGCAUAACACACAGUCGCUCGGUUUGGGGAACGGUAAGUUUCAGCAGCUACAGUCAGCUUUGCUGUAACAAAGUCACACAGCGAGUGUGUUUGCGGCUUUUUCUCCUCGUCUCUUUAAUGUGUCUCACACACGGGUAUAUAUCGGUCGUGAAGGUUGCCCGAAGUGUGUUAAAACCGUAUUCUGUGACCCACCUGAAAGACUCCACUGUCAUGCUCGUGUAAGCUAAGUGUGGAGGCUGCUAACUGCUACAGGUAACCGAGCUAACCCAAAGUGCAGCUGAAAACUGCCCACAGGAGCUAAUGGGACCUACAGACAGACAGACAGACAGAGCCGUCCUGCUGCUGCUGCUGCCCACAUGUGUGUGCAUGCAUGUAGACUUCAUGUCGCUGUUAACGUGGAAAUUAUAGCUCUAGAGGUUAAAAGCCAAACCCAUGCCAAUGGAUUUGACACACCAAGCAGACUGUGUCUCCUACAAUUAAAACCACGACGUAAUAAAUUGUUAGCCAAAUGGUUUGUCAGCAUUUUCUGGCUAUCUUGUGAUCAUCUGUUCAAUAUCCCUGUUCUCCCUCCUCAUCUUUGCUUCAUCACUGUAAAGCUAAGGCUGUUAUCUGAAGGCUUCUGUCUUUUUUAUGGCGUUUAUCUCUUUGCAUGUUUAAAGUGGCACUAUGCCCGCAGCUACUGUGGAUCACAGCCAAAAAAUAUGUGAGGUUUGGGCCAACAACCUGGAGGAGGAGUUGAAGAGGAUACGAAAUGUCAUCCGAAAGUACAACUACAUAGCCAUGGUGAGUGAUACAGGGCGAAGUCAUCUCUGAUGAGACUAGAGUUUCUCUGUGCAUAAUAAUGUGUCUGUCAUCCUGCAGGAUACAGAGUUUCCAGGUGUAGUAGCCAGACCCAUCGGAGAGUUCAGAAGCAAUGCAGACUAUCAGUAUCAGCUACUGCGCUGCAAUGUGGAUCUGCUGAAGAUAAUCCAGCUGGGCCUCACAUUUAUGAAUGAACAAGGGGAAUAUCCUCCAGGGACGUCAACAUGGCAGUUCAACUUUAAGUUUAACCUCACGUAAGACAACCAUCUCCCCCUCUCCUCUUUUUUGACAAUCUUAUGCCUCUGUAACAUUUAUUGUGAUCAUGGUAUGUCCAGAAAAGCUUUGCAAAAUACUAAACCUCUGCUAAAAGAGUUGGAACAGGCACAACUGGAUAGAAAAGUUUAACACCCAGGAAAACAUCUCCCAACUGCUGCAUCCUCAAAUGCAGAUUAAAACUGUACCAUGCAAAGAGGAAACAUUGGAGAAAACGUGGACAUUUUGACUCAGGUGAACAGUCCUGUGAUCUGGAAAGUCAAAACUUUGCUUUCUCCUGAUACUGUGGGUGCCACAACUUUUUAUCAGAGCCAGCAUUUGUGGUCAUAUGGGGAUGCACAAGUGCCCAUGCUAUAGACAACCUAGACAUAAAAAUACUGGUCAGCAGCAUGUGCUGCUAUCCAGACUAUGUCUUUUUCAGGGAAGACCUUGUAUAUAUUUAGCUACUCAGUGCCAAACUACCUGCUGCAGGUAUUACAACUAUGUGGCUCCAUUGUAGAAGACUCAUGAUUAAAUACACCUGCUGCUGCAGUCCAGACUUGACAAUCAUACAAUCAUUUAGAACAUCUGGCACAUCAUGAGACACUUUGCUGGCAACAGAAAAAAAGAGCAUAUGUCUGUUUUUCUAUUUUUAUCUAGAUACAGUAUGUAUAUCUAUCUCACCCAAAAGAACAAGUAUAUAGACAUAGUUCGAUAUCUAUCUGUCUGUCUGUCUGUCUGUCUGUCUGUCUGUCUGUCUGUCUUUAUACAAAUAUAUUUAAAUAAUUUCAAUUCAUUUUCAAUUAAUCAAAUUUGUAAAAGCUUAUGUAUGUAUAUAUAUGUAUUGAGAGAGAGAGAUAUGCUUUUAUAAAUGAUAAAAACAAAUUUGGUGUUUUGCAAAUCAUUUAAAUGCUUUUUUGAAAAAUGUAUUUAGACCUUUUAUACCUUUGGAAGUUAAGACUUUUGAUUGAAUAUGCCAUUUAUUAAGCAUUCCAGCUGUCUAACAGCACACACUAACUGGGAGCACCUUACUCAGUGUUUCAGCUUCACCCUUUCUGGAUCAUCUCUUUGAGGUUGUUUGGAGGAAGUUAAGAAAUCUUCAAACUGUAUAUCCAGUCAGAUCACCUGAGACACAGUUUACAAAAAUCAGUGUUUUGUCAAGGAUAACUCGCAGUUAUUGCUCUCGUUACUACUCGAUGUUUUAAUGGUUGCAGUAAUAUAAGUAUGGUUUGUGUCUGUCUUGAUCUCCAGAGAAGACAUGUAUGCACAGGACUCGAUUGAGCUCCUGACAACUUCAGGGAUUCAGUUCAAGAAGCACGAGGACGAAGGCAUCGAGACGCUGUACUUUGCAGAGCUGCUGAUGACAUCAGGAGUGGUGCUCUGUGAUGGGGUUAAGUGGCUGUCAUUUCACAGGUAUUGCUGCUUGUGUGAUUAUUUAUACCUAUACCUCAGCUUUGUCUGAAUCCUGGGAACUUGGCUUGGCAGUUGUGCAGCAACACAAUGCAAAUAAGUGAUGCCCAUGUUAUUCUUGGAAAAUAGACAUUUUCCAAAAAAUUACUAACAGUUCAAGGCGGAGCAUCUCUUGGUUUUGUUCCCUCUACUUGUGAGCUGUAGUGAAACGUAAGAGGUUACCAGGAACUGUGCUGAUCGUUUGACUCCAUAUAAAUACUAUGCUUUGUUUCCUUCUCUUCUCAUCAUUGUGUUGUGUAUUUGAAGUCGUUUUAUUCUUAUUACUUUUUGAUUGAUUUAAGCUUACAAAAAGAAGAUGAAAACUAUUUGGAUUUGUGUUUGUUUUGAUUUAUCUGUCUAUAAGUCUUGUUGUUUUUUUCAGUGAGAGGUUAGGUGUUGGGGGUUGUACGACCUAAGUGUGAGAACAACAAUAAUCCGUUCAGUUGACGAUUCAAAAAGCUGCUCGAGUGUGAUGAACACGUGUUCUGUUCAACUUGGUCUUCGGUGACAGCGAACUUUGAUGGGUAUUUUCUGCACUCUGCUGCUUAACUUUUUCAUUUUGUGCUCAGUUUCCCUCUGUGUCUCCAUGGCAAACUGAUGCUAAAGAUAACCAGGCUGUGGAAAAUAAAUAAGGCUUAGGUUUGAAACAUCUCUGUCAUCUCUUUCAGGUAUUAAGACUACUUCUUUACCAAGAGGCUUUCAUGUCAUGUUGUUUUUAUUUGUAUUUUUCACUAUCUAUAAUUUUUGAUUUUCCAAUCUCAUUUAAUAAAUUCAUUCCUUAUUUAUUUAUCUAUUUAUAUUGUAAGAUAAAUGUUUAAGCUAAUUGGAAGCUUUGUCUGUGCCAAAUUGAGCAUCUUAUCGUUUCUCUACAGCGAAGCAAAAUCUUACUUUGUCUUUGCACACCUGGUAGGUUGAGUGUUUUGACACGACGACAAGCAGGUUCAGGCAUUAAAAACAAAUCCAGUCUUAGUUAGUAUGCACAGCUGUCUUAUGUCAUGGCAGAUAUUUUGAAGCUGCUCUGAUUUCUUUAGAGUUUAAAAAAAUGUAUAUUGUUUUUUAUUUAUGUCUUCUUCAGUGGUUAUGACUUUGGAUACCUGAUCAAGAUUCUCUCCAAUGCGAACCUGCCUGAGGAGGAGGUGGACUUCUUUGAGAUUCUUCGCUUGUACUUUCCAGUCAUUUACGAUGUCAAGUACCUCAUGAAGAGUUGCAAAAACCUAAAGGUAACUCACUGAAUAUUUUAGCGGGUGGCGCACACAAGUGUGCUGUUUUAUUGAUGUAAAACUUCCACACCUCAAGAUUCAAUGUGACCACUUUGAGAGUGGUCUUUUGGACUAGACGCAUAAAUUCUGAGUGAAUUGACAAUGAUUCGUUUUUAGGGCGGGCUGCAGGAAGUUGCUGAGCAGCUGGAGCUGGAGAGGAUCGGACCACAGCACCAGGCCGGCUCCGACUCUUUACUCACUGGCAUGGCUUUCUUCAAGAUGAGAGAGGUAGGCGCUUCAGGCCGGAGAGUCCUGUUAGGUGGAGUAUAAGGAACACAGGAGCACAGGAUUACUGAAGCUCCUGUCAGAUCUAGAUUCCCCACAAUAAUCUCAUUUAACAUGCAGAUCUCAUGUCUGAAUAAGCCCCCUGCUACACAUACGUAUAGUGAUACUUCACCGUCAUUAGGCGCAUGUAAAAAUUAAAUGCGGUCAAGAAAAGCAGCAGUGCAAGGAGCGUGUACUUGUACAUCUUCUGUGAUUACUGUCACCUUAAAGUCAAACUAUGAAAGUAAUUACUCCUCUCUGAAAACGUAGGAAAACUAAAGAAAAUGAAACAGAGAAUUUUAUGUUCUACAUACAGCAUAACCAAACUAUUUAUCCAAGGCAGGUCUCUUUUAAAAAUGAGACCCAGCAUCUCAGCAACUUAACCUGUUCCUAACAAACAGUUCAGCACCUGUAAAUGUUUAGAAAGUAGAAAUAUUUAAAAACCUUAACGUUCAUGAGUAUUAGAAAGAGGCAGAGUGAUGCUAACAGAGCACUUACCCUCCUCUCCUUUUGUUAUCAAACGUAUAUUUGUAGAGGUUCGAAGAAUCUCAGGGAUAUUUAUGGUUCGAGUGAUUAGAGACAGAUCCCUUAAUGGAAAUUACCACAUCACUGCCUUAAUGAUCAGGCUUUUUAAACCUAACUUCAGGAUAUUAGAAGAGUUACAGCUGUAAAGAUAAACAUGAUCCUUGAAACAGUGAAUACUGUGACACUAGAUGCCUUUUUAAGUGUCUCUAAUCAGUUUCCAUUGUUUUGUUUGUCUCCACAGAUGUUUUUCGAGGAUCAUAUCGACGAUGCAAAGUACUGUGGGCACUUGUACGGGCUCAGCUCCGGCUCAGCCUAUGUCCAGAACGGAACAGGGAACGCUUACGAAGAGGAGGCGAACAAGCAGCAGUCGUGACAUCACUCUGAAACCUCCCAUCCUGCUGCUCACAUGCUCGAUCCGUGCGACACUGAAGCAGGCUUUAACCAACUGGAUGAUAAUAAUGGAAGAAAAUAAGACAAACACAAACCAUUUAGCAAGCUGCUUCUCAUAGCCUUUGCUCACCUUAGAGUAUGAUGGUCAAAAAAAAUCCCAGCUGGCCUCACACAUGCCCUGCUAGCUGUGUGUGUGUGUGUGUGCGCGUGUGUAUGAGAGAGUGUAGUCUUUUAACCCUGUGAAGCAGUUUAGGCAGCCUGUUUGAAUCAGUUCAGUUUAACAUGCUUGGAAGAUGGGAUUUUGUUUUCCUAAAAUGUUCUGUAGACAUGUUUUGCACUUUAAAGCUCUAACCCGAUUUUAUAUGGAAAGCUGAAAAUGUUUCUGGUGUCUUUCUCCUCUUUGUUGCCUUCUCUAUGUUCUCAUUUUUUCAUCGUCGACAUGUCAGUCUUUACCAUCACAACCAUUACUGUUGCCACACUCAGCCUUAAUAUAAGCUGCAUUCGUAUCUUUUAAACUUUAAUUUAUUGUGCUGCUUCUCUGACCAUUCAGACGCCCUCAUUGAUCGACACUAAGACUCCACCAGGCAGCACACUUACAGAUAUUUUUUUUUUGUGUGUAAUUAUGAGAAAGGGAGCUGUCAGUGAGUGUGUUUACCUGCACAUAAAUAUCUCAUUGACAUUUAUUUUUUCUUUGAGUGUUUGAAAAUAAUAUUUAAUUUAACCCUCUUGACUUCAAACUGUUGUGUUCUGCCUAUACAAACAUCCUUAAAAAUGCUUCCUCUAUGUUAGUUGCUGAGUUUGGUUUGGCUUCACGGUGUUGCUCUGAUACAUUCACAGUAUGCACAGACGCAUACAAAGAGUUUUGAUUGAAGGUUUGUGGUAGUUCGUGCAUGUAAACACCCUCACUGAGACAAGCACACAACACGGAUGCACCGCCUCUCUACAUGGUCUUGCACUGGUUUAAACCAAAUUCACCAGACUUCAAAAAAAAAAAAAAAUGAUAGCAGAAAAAAAAGAGUUGAUGCUGUUGCCCUGAACUACUCUGUUGAGAGUAAAUUUUCAUUUUUAAUUAAGACGAAAGUUUUGUAGAGUUUUAGUGUUCUAAUAAAAGAAGAAAAACUUUUACUCAUGGUGAGAAAAAAAAACUGUUGCUUUUAAACAUGCGACUUUCUGUUCCAGUGGAGUUAAUUUUCACUCGUAGUUCUGACCUUUGAAUGACGUUUAUUUUUGUAUGGCUUUCCAGUUCAUUCAUGCCGCGUAGAACAGCCGCAUGUACUGAAACGUUUGAAUAAAUGCUGUGUUGUGUAAUAGUAUUCUGAACUUCCAUAGGUGUGUGUGUGUGCGUGUGUGUGUGUUGAAGUGUACACUGCGUCAAACUGACAACUUUCUUUCUGCAGCACACCUUUCACACUGUAACAGAGUCAAAGAAGAAUAUGCAAUAUACAAGAGGAUUGUUUUUAGAUUUUGUAAAUAAAGGCUUGAAACUUUUCUACCAUAAACCACUCUUGGCCGUAA